AGCCGGCAUUAGCCCGCCACUAUAGAAAUCGCGCUAUAAUUCGUCUGUCUGUUGGCCACCUCCUUCACCCUUUCCGAUUCUUCCUUCAGUGUUAAAGGAUCUCCAUUGCUGUUCUGUAGAAGAUUCUAUAUGCCUAAUCGUAAUUAUUUCUAUUAUAUUUAUCAGCCGACGAGAACAUGUUUGUGGCAGCCUCUAAUCAUAAGGCUGACAAAUAUUUCAUAAUGGAAUGGACGUAUACGGCCGUGUUCUACGCGUUUUCGUGUUUUGUUUUUUACCAUCUGAUCUACACAGAAAACAUAUUGAAACCAUACUUGGAUGAUCUGACCUUGGACAAUAUCAACUAUGUGCUGAUGACGUCGCUGUCCGUCCUCAUCGUUUUGUUAAAUCCGUUGUUGGCGAGUAGAGCACGUGAGAAGCGAGAAGAAUAUUUCAAACUCUGGCGAGAAUAUCAGAUUCAAUAUGAACAGUACACUAUUGCGAAAUUGGACCUAGGUUCGUCGAUUCUUAUCGUUUUGCUCAUUGUUGUUGGUGCGAUCGUAACAACUCUUGAGUUGGUCGCAAACUGCGCCUUAACAUCGCAAGUACAACCCACUUACGUGUACGCUAAUUGGCUCAUUUAUUUUUAUACGAACCUUACGACCAUCCAGUGGGUCACGGACUGCCAUUUAUUGACUAUAGCCUCCGAGAUGUUGCUCGAUCAAUUGUUAGUACAGAUGACCACUGUGGCCACGUCUAACAGAGUCGACGGCGGCGGCAAAGGUGUCGAAUCGCGCGUGUCCUGUUUCGUCGAUCUUUGGCGAAAACUUUCGGACAUGUCCGGCGGGCUGAUGGACACCGGUCGCGGUCUGUAUGAAUUCAAUUUCUUCGUUCAGUCGGUGAUCGUCGUGCAAGCUCUAUACGGUAUCGUCGCCCUGUACAUCGGUCGACAUCACUCAAUUAUACACUACUACGUAUACUUUCCAACCGCCGCAUGGUCGAUUUUAAAUCUGGUCGUUCUGUGCGAGGCUGCGUAUUCGGUCACCAACCAAGUGGGUACACCCACGAUCACGGAUUUAGACAGCUAUCCAAAGCCGUGCCCACGACCCACCCCCCACCACUAUACGAUACGAUAUAUGGUACACCGCGCGUUUAAAUAAAAAAACGCCAUCGUUUUUCAGAGCGCUCGUAAUGAAGAAAAAAUCUUAAGAUGACUUACCAUAUUAUUAAAUAAACACACACUUAUUUUAAAAAAUAUCACUUUCGCAGUUUACGUAUAAAUUAUAAUAUCACAGUCAAAGUGUAAGUAUAGGUACAUUUUAGGUACAUUUUCAUUUAAAAUUACUGGACUUAGUACCUAUGUACUUUAGGGGUCAUAAUCGAAAUUCUCCGCAUAUAAUUAUCAAAUCAAUAAUUAAAUCAAUCGGAAAAAAACCAACAAAAAAUACUAAGCAACUGGUUUUCUACAAAAUCGAUUUUUCUUUCUUUGUAAUUCAAAAACAAAGACUAGAAGCAAUUUGAAAUUUCCAACAGCUGUUUUUAAGUCAUGGUGAAAUGUUCAAAAUACUUUUGAUCUUUUCGAGCUAUAUUAGUUUGAAAUGUUCAACUUAUAGUUUAUAUUUACUUUAUACUUAUUUAUGAUCACAUUUUCGUUUGUGUGUCAAAAACGUUGGAAAUUUCAAACAAAGUUCCUUACAA